AACAGAUUAUUUGUAUAAUUAAUCAUAUGUUGAUUUUAAUGUUAAUGUGAAACCUUGAACAUUUCAUUCAUUCAACUCCACAUGAAGCCGCUGGCAACCACUGAGUUAUGGCUACAAUGUGUCUCGUCUUCUUUAUGAGGGAUUUACUGGAAUUUACUCAGAUACUCUGCAGUUCCCCGCUGAAUAGGGUCUAUUCAUUAGAGCAUAACAACAUAAAUAAAAAGAACAUUGCAGAAUCAACAAAAAAAAAUCCAUAAUAAAUUUCUCAGACCGGCCUGAGCAUGUCAAAAUAAGUGAAAUGCAUAUCUUUAUCUGACCACUAGAAUGCGCUGAUGGAGUGCCUUUGUUAUGAGGGAGGUUCUCUGUCCAUUUGAACUGAUGAUUCCAAAUCCAGCAAACAUUCUCUGUAAAAUAUAAGUUUUUGUUUUGGUGGAAUGGGUGUCUGUCUUAAGGAAAUUUGUAAAAUCCAAGUCUUUGGUGAAGGCUAUCGGUUUUGUUAAACUGACAUUCUGCGCUGUUUCACAUCAUCUAUGUGAAAUGCAACCACGUUAGGGCACAAAGUUUAUGUUGAGAAAUACCGGCUUCUGUUAAGUUGCAAGAGAUUUAGGGAAUGCACAUUUAUAUAAGCAUUUCUUUCGGAGCUGAAUGUCAAUUCGACAGAUAAAUAACUCAUCCCUAGAUGGCUUUUACGUUUUCCAAAUCCGGUGGAUAUUUACUAGGAUAAAGGGUAAUUUGAGGUCCACUUUACAAAUUGGAAACAUUAAACCUAAAUGCCAUAAGUAUACGUCUUGUAAACUUAAAACCAUCUGCGUUCGCUCACCCUUGUAACUAUUCAAAGAAUGUUGCGCAGACAGGGACGGAAAGGUAGACAAGAUCUCCCUUUCGAUAAAUAAAAAACACGCAAACACCACCUGAUCCCACAAUUGGCGGGGACGCAGAAAUCGCGAGGAAACGGUGUGGAUCCCCAAACCGUGGCGAGUCUUCUUCCUUCUCUCCUUGAAACGGCGUGAAAUAGAAAGUCUCCAUUAGAUUAGGAGAUUCUACGGAAAUAUUUGCGGAGUUUCCUUUUGCUCUUUCGCGGAGUGAGGAAUACCAGACACCACUGUCUGCUCAAUGGGCAGAUUUGUUAUAAACAACGAUCUCUCCUCUGCGCUCCCUCUCCCUCUUUGUAUUUGCAGCACCCAGCUCAUCUUUUGAGACGUCCAUUCUAGCGGGCUGCACCAGUACUUUCAGCACUUCCCAACAGGAAGAUUUGCUAGAAGACUUCGUCCGCCGAUCACCGCCCAUCGCUGAUUUAAGGGCUGGGUUCUCUUCUCCUGUCCCAACACAUCCCCAACACUGGAUAUAUGUGAGAGGUGUCACUUCGUAGAGAACAAACCAGGAUGAGGUACUCGGUUCAUCCGCUCUUCCUUAUUCUGCUGCAAUGUCUUUUGCAUAGGAUUAAUUCUCAUGAGAAUCCUUUGGGAGGACGACUGGAAUUGUUGGAAUUACGACACAAAGCAGCUGGUCCAACAUUUGCUGAUAAUUUGGCUGCACCACAGAGAGUAAAUCCUUUGCGGCUGUUUGUGAAGGAGAUCCCGAAGGCAAAACAGGAUAUCACUGAUAACCCACGGAUAAAAAUUUCCGAUGACUUGUGGACAUGGUUAAAUAACCUAACAGAUCCUCGGGAAUCUCAUUCACGGACCAAACGCAGACCCAUUGUUAAAACAGGAAAGUUCAAGAAAAUGUUUGGGUGGGGUGACUUCCAUUCCAACAUCAAGACUGUGAAAUUGAAUCUUCUCAUUACUGGGAAGAUAGUCGACCAUGGGAAUGGGACUUUUAGUGUGUACUUCAGACACAACUCGACUGGUCUUGGCAAUGUAUCUGUAAGCCUCGUUCCACCAUCCAAGGUUGUGGAAUUUGACUUCUCUCAGCAGUCGACGCUGGAGACCAAGGAGUCCAAGACGUUCAACUGUCGAAUUGAGUACGAGAAAACAGACAGAGCAAAGAAGACCGCGCUGUGUAAUUAUGAUCCUUCAAAGAUAUGUUAUCAGGAGCAGACCCAAAGUCAUGUGUCAUGGUUAUGCUCCAAACCAUUCAAGGUUAUAUGCAUAUAUAUUGCUUUCUACAGUGUAGAUUAUAAACUUGUGCAAAAGGUUUGUCCUGACUACAAUUAUCACAGUGAAACUCCUUAUUAUUCAUCUGGUUAACAAAAUAGCCAUGGCAUGAUAGGUGAAGACUGCCAUUCUGUAUGUAACUUAUUUAUACAUAGUCAAUGUCAUGGGUUAAUAAUGAUAGUAACUGUUUAAGACAGGCACAUCUGGGAUAGCGCAGCUGCUACCUCAAAGGGAGCAUCUGAGAAUGUAAUUGCAUGAUAAGCAUUUGUAAAACGAAGAGUCCGUUCUGAACAGUCCUCAGAGCAAGAAGAAAAAUAAUAUAAAAUGCAGAAAUUAAACUAUCUCUGAAACAUUAGCCUAAGGCUGAACUGCAUAUUUAUAUUCCGAUUGCAGCUCCCUGUGAUGAGAAUGAAUAUGUUUCUAAAUGUUAAAUCUGCACAUUAAUUCAUAAUCAAAGUUCUUAUAGGGAAUUUUCUUUGUGGGGGGUGGAGGAAUAAAAACAAGUAUUGCAAAGUAGGUUCAUCAACUAGCCAAAACAUAAUAUAGGAUUGUAAAAAUUGGUUAAACACAUUUUAAUGUAUGAAUAUAGUGUGUUUUGGAAAUGUGGUCCUGUAAAACUGCUUCUUUAUAAAAGGCUGUGUAUGUGUCAAUAAAGUAUAAAUACCGAGAAUAAAGUAGAAGACACAAAGAAUGCAACAUAGAAACUGAAUACAUGAUCCUCCCUUUGUUGUGCAAACCUUCAAUAAAACAUCACAGAAACAUUUCAAUGUGUAGUUGUAUUUAAUAAGAAUUCUUGAAUGAAAUGGAUGGCAGCAGAAAUAUGCUGAAUCAAAGCUAAUUCAUUUUUAAACAGGAGCAUUUUCUCCUGUCAAUUAUUUUGCUUAAUCUAAAUAAUUUCACAGAUGGAAACACAAGAGACUGCAGAUGCUGGAAUUGGAAGCAAAGAACAUACUGCUGGAGGAACACAACGUGUCAGGCAGCAUCUGUCGGGCGAGAAAGGAAUUGUCGACAUUUCGGAUGAAGAAGGAUGUGGGGGUGUAAUAGCAAGUCCCAAUAAAAAUGGUCGAAGAGUAGGAGAGGAGUGGAAACUACAGAGGGGGAGCAGUGAGGGAAGGUUGAAUAACAACAUUCCUUUCCCCCACAGAUGCUGCCUGACCCAGUGAGUUCCUCAAGCUGCUUGCUCAUUUUCACUGAUAAUCUGCCAAACCUAUGUUUACAUUGUGGGCAAAACUUUUAAAAUAUGAUCAAAGAUAAUA